GAACAGACUUCCAUGCUCGGCAUUAGCAGACGAAAGCAACAAGCGUGGUGAUCAAUCGACGCUAAACUAUAGAAAACAGUAAAAGCCAGCGACGAUGGGGCUCCAAGCAAUGGAGCUAUAUGAGCAGCUAUGGAACGUCUCUUAUGAAUUUCUCAACAAAAAUUGCAACAUUGCUUGUGCUAUCACAGGCAUAAUGCAAAAACGUGCAGGAUAUUUGCACUCUCAAGUACUGAAGAACAGUAGGAACAAAGACUUCGCUGCUGAUUUUAAGAAAGCACACGAUGAGCUGCAGAACAUGUCGAAAUCGGUUCAGACCUUCGUAAACGAAUGGCAAGCGCUCUUUAUUGAAGAAACAUCAAUAUGUGCAGAAAACUCUUUACCACCUGAUGAUUUCGAAUUCAAUUACAUCAAGCCGACACUGCUGUAUAAAAAGAAUCACGUUGUGAAGUUGUUGAUCUCCGAUGUCUCCAAAACUCGGCAGGGUGUGUUUUGUGCAGUCGAUCAGUGCAAGUUCGAAAGCCUCAACUGUUUAAAGAAACUACAAACUGUUUCAAAAUCACCCCUGCAUGAGCUUCCUCCGGCUGGAGAAGUCUUUGCUAUUUUAUUGGAGGACACGUGGUUUCGAGCAGUUCGCAACAGCUCCUCUGGCGGAGAAGAAGAGAAGAAAAUUGAUGCAAUCUGCCUGCUAGAUACCGGUGAGGUCUACCCGUACCAAAACACGUUCAAAAUCGCCAAGCUCUCUGAAGAUUUCCAAAAUCAUCCGGCAUAUUUCAUCCAGUGUCGAAUGGAAGCCGGCUCGAGUGCCACAACCCUUCGGCAGUGGGAUAAAAUAUACUGCAAAGUGGUCGAUAUUGAAGAUGAUCUUCUGGUACUGGAAAACCUAGGAGAAGUAAAUGGGAAGCUGGUACAUAAUACUCAACAAAGUGACGAAAAAAUUUCCGCAUCCAACACUACCGAAGGACAAUCAACAGCAGACCAAUCGAAUAGUGAACAUUUGGAUGAAAAUAACUCUAGCCUUUCAGUUAAUGAUCCCAUUGACCAAUCAAAAGAGGAAACCUUCUCCGGAAACCAGUACGCUAUCACGCGGGAUACCUUAAGCAAGGAGCAAGUAGAGCAGUUCGAUGAAUUACCGGAAGGGACCACCAACGCUAUGAAAGCGGUGCUGGGAUACGACCCCAAAGACGAUUGGCAGAUCUGCAAGUAUUACGAUCCGAUCAAAAAACGAUGUUUCAAAGGCGCCAACUGCCGGCGGCGGCACAUUGAAAUGGACCCGGACGGCUGGACACGUGACCGGGAUACGGUAUCGGUGUCCGGGGUGCAGAAAAUGGAAGUUCCUGCGCAAGACUCAUACGUUACGCUCCUGCCAACAUCGGUUACCGAUUUAGACAUGUUCUUCUGCCACAUCGUCCCGCCAGAAGGUUACCAUUUGGAAUUCAACCAACUCGCGGACGAUUUGAACAACCCUCAGGUGGUGGCCAACUACAAACCUCUCAACCUAUUACCCACUAUUGGCGAGCUGGUGUUGGCGAAAUAUGAGAACUUAUGGUACCGUGCGCAGGUGAUAGAGCUGUUCGACAACAGUGUUACAGUGUUCUAUGUCGAUUAUGGAAAUGUGGAAACGGUGAGUUUGGACGAAAUCAAAGCGUGUGACGAACGGUUCAAGUUCCUACCGUUUCAAGCAAUUUUCUGCAGACUCGCAAAUGCCUGCCAUGUCGAUUCCUUCCAUACUCCCGCAAUCGAACAGUUCACGAUGUUCGUAUUGGAUAAGCCACUGAAGGCAUACGUUGUUGGAAAUGGCACUCCUUUGGAUGUGAAACUGUACGAUGAAGAUGGCUACGACGUGGGUGAAUUGAUGAUCAUGACAAACCUUGCCAUGUGUCGUACCCCUUCGAAGUUUGGCGACGAUAAGCCGAUUCCCGGAUAAUGACACAGGAGGCGAGAGCUUUUUUUUUCUUCCUUUAAUUUUUUUUAUUACUGAUGAAACCAUUUGUGACAUAAAUCACAAUGAUAUAAACAAUGAGCCGGAUUAAAUGAUAGCGUACUGUUCGUA